AUGCUAUCAGUUCUUGGCCGCGGCACGCGCACUGAGGGUGACACAGGCUUGAUCGUCAUCUACCCCAGGCGCCCGUAUAAAGCACGCGGACGACGGACACUUAUCACCUCUCUCCCCACGUACUCGAUCAAGUGCAUAAUGGCUCCUAACGUCAUACCAUCGCCGUUCGGACCACUUCCCCCUCUUCCAGAAACCAACUUCAUUUAUACAAUAUUGCACUCUCCUUCUCCGCCACGUCCACCCCUUCCCGAUGACUACGUCACGCAUAUCGAUGGCAUCACAGGGGAGCAACGUACUCUCAAGCAGCUCAUUGCACGUAUCAACGAGCUCGGAGCAGCAUUCCUUGCUCCAAGGGAUCAAGGAGGGUUGGCAAUUCGACCAAAGGGACAAGUGGUGGGAUUACUGAGUAGCAAUACCAUUGACUAUCCCACCGUCGUAUUCGCUCUACUUCAAACGGCGAUACCUGUUGCGUUAUUGAACUCUCAUUCCACCGCUCCGGAACUAGCGCAUCAACUUAAAUUGGCUCGCGUUACGCAUGUAAUCGUUGGUCCUUCUUCGAUUCCUAUUUUAAAACGAGCACUUCAGAUCGCGGGACUACGCAAUGUAGGAAUGACUAUUAUGGAGGGCUGUGGGAAACGUGCUCGAGCUGGAGAGCUCACACUACAGGGACUUAUUGAUCGUACCAAAAAGCUGGGCGUUCAGCCCGCAGGUAUAGCGGAUGUCAAGCGGCAUACGUUGGCUUAUCUCGUAUUUUCGAGUGGCACAACCGUAAUGAUAUCCCAUGGUAACUUGAACGCUUGUUAUGCCCAAAUUUUAACCUGGGCCUUCUAUUCACUUCAAGCCCAGCCUCGGGAACAGCCUCGAUACUCCGAAUAUCCGAUGGACCUCGCGUUUUUGCCGAUGUAUCACACCAUGGGCCUACACGUGUACAACUUUAGGCAUUUCAUUUCGCCCAGUACUCUUAUUGUGCUUCCUUCAUGGGACGCAGACAAACUGCUUGCCCAUCCAAAGUUGCGAUCAAAAGAAGUUGAUUUGAGCUCUCUCACUGGUAUUGGGACCGGUGCAGCAUACUUGCCACCAGAGACUGAGAGGGAAUUCUUGAAUGUUUUAUCGGCCAAGGGGAACAAAGGUACCAAGCUCCAACGAUUACACUCAGGCUACGGACUCAGUGAAUCAACCAUUGCCGUGGCAUCCAUGCCGGUUGAGGGAAUGCUAGGAGGGAAACUUGGCCCCAAAGAAGGCUCUGCAGGGGUUGCUCAGGCCGAUUGUAGGGAAGCUCCUCCUGGUACGCCCAUGGAGGAACUAGAAGACGUUGCACCCGGAGAACCAGGAGAGCUUUACGUGCAAGGACUCCUCACUGCGCUCGGGUACUGGGAUAAUGAGCAGGCUACUAAGGAAGCCUUCCUUCCUGGUGGAUGGCUAAGGACAGGCGAUCGGUUUGUCUACAAGGACGGCCAUCUGUGGUUCCAGGACCGUGCCAAGGAUACACUCAAAGUAUCUGGCGUCCAAGGCUAUCUUUUGGAUGCCUGCGUAGCAGGGGUACCAGGGCCCAGAAAUGAUGGAGAGCUUGUCCCGAGGGCGUGGGUUGUAUUAGCUCCUGCUGGCCACAAGGCCGGCAGCAAGAAAGUUAUUGUCGAUCUUAAUGAAUGGGUUCAAGGACAGUUGAGCAAACCAAAGCAGCUGCGUGGAGGAAUUGAAAUCGUCAAAGAGGAAAGGUUUUACGACGAGUACUACAAGACCGUUAUUCCAAGACUCAUGGAAAGAUAA